AUGGACGCGCCCGACGAGCGGUUUUUCGCGGACCGUUCCCCGGAUCGCUCCGAUACCAACAGCCCCCGCUCGGCCGUCAGCACGCCCAACUCCAACUCCUCAAUAAACGUGACCGACCAGUCGAUAUCCCUGUCGCAGCAGAACUUGGAGACUCUCAACCGCAUGGGAAUGUUCUUUCACGCGCAACAAAUGCAAUUGAAUCAAAGUUUUGACGUGAAGCGGCUCGGCUUGACCCAAGUGCCCGGUGCUAGUCAGGGCCCAAGACACAGUAUAGACGCGAUCCUCGGCCUCAGCUCUCAGAGGCAGGCCAGACUCAGUGAGUUCGAGCAGAGGAGAGAGGAGUGCGACCCCGUCCCCGUCUCCCCGGGAGCCGUCGAAAGCGCUGGCGAGGGUUCGUGUAACAGUAAUGACGGCUACAACCAGAGAACCGAUGACAAGUCACCGCCGGCUAGCGACGACGACACGCCACAGCAGUCCACGGACAACAAGAAGAAGCACAGAAGAAAUAGAACCACAUUCACAACCUACCAGCUUCAUGAGUUGGAGCGUGCCUUCGAGAAGAGUCACUAUCCAGACGUGUACUCCAGAGAAGAGCUGGCUAUGAAGGUCAACCUGCCGGAGGUCAGAGUUCAGGUCUGGUUCCAGAACAGGAGAGCGAAGUGGCGUCGACAGGAGAAGAUGGAGGCGGCCCGGCUGGGUCUGUCCGAGUACGGGUGUGGGGGCGGCGGGAUGCCGCGGCUCAGCGCGCUAGGUCUGCCGGUCGAUCCCUGGCUAGCCCCGCCGCUACUCAGCGCAUUGCCAGGUUUCCUCAGUCACCCCCCUUCAGGGUACCCCAGCUACCUGACCGCGGCAGGCCCCGCACCCGCGCCCCCAGCCGCGCCCGACCCCCGCUCAUCCUCCAUCGCCGCCCUCAGGAUGAAAGCCAAGGAGCAUGUCGAAAAUAUCAGUAAAGGACUGCAGAUGGUUUAG